AUGGAGGCCGUGACCGCCUUCGCCGCCGUCCGAGCUCCGGUCGGGGUCGCGGGGGUUGGAGUCGGAGUCGGAGUUGGAGGUGGAGUUGGCGGUGGUGGACGAGGUGGAGUCGGAGUCGGAGUCGGAGCGGCGGCAGCGGCAGGAGACUCCGAUCCGGAUCCCGGUCACCCCGGCGAUCCCGGCCGCGGGGGGCCCCGCUGGGCGGGGGGCGGGGUGGACUGCGCGGGGGCCUGGGGGGCCCCCCCGAACCCCCGCGUGGCCGAACUGGAGCGGGAGACGCGGCGGUUAGCGGCGGCGGUGGAGGAGCUGAGGGUGGAGAACGCCGAGCUGAGGACCGCUCACUCGCGCCUCGCCCAGCAGGUGCAAGCUCUACAGGAGUCGCUGCAUCAUCAUCAGCAGGAGCAGCAUCAUCAGCAGGAGCAGCAUCUUCAUCAGCAGCAGGAGCAUCAUCAUCAUCAGCAGGAGGGGUCUCGCCUUCCCGCGGGGGGGGCUGCCCGCGGCCAAGACGAGGUGGGGGGUGAAGAGGGGGCGGGCCACGUGGGCAGCCCUCCGUGGAGGAGGCGUCCACUUGGGAGCAGCGGAGACGCCUCGUCUGGUCACGUGGGCAAUGGUGAAGAAUUCCGAGUCCGGGGCCCCAAGGUCCCCCCGGGCCCCGCCCCUUCGCGCUCGAGGGCCCGCUCGGAGGAGAGGGGCGGGGCCGGUGGAUGGGGAGGGGGCGGGGCCGCGGGAGAAAAAGGCGGAGCCACGGGUGAGAGGGGCGUUGCCACGCACGAAGUGGGAGGAGCCACGAUGCAUGGCCCCGCCCUCGCCAUGCUGGCCCAUCCGCUGGGGGUCAGAGGAGCACGUGGGCACGGGACGCGCGGAGUGGAAAUUGCAACAACAUCCAGCACCGAGUUGGGGGUCUUCCCAGGCCACGUGGAGCCGCCCCUGACGUCUCCCCCGGGGGUCUCCGCCCCCCCCACACCCCCUAAACCCGCGGGGGUCUCUGGCCCCCCCACACCCCCUAAACCCGCGGGGGUCUCCGGCUCCACACACAGCUCCAGACCCCUAUUGAGGUCCUUGACGCUCCCAUCAACUCCCGGCUCUCAGAGUCGCAAGGCGCUGAUGGACAAGCUGGAGAGAGGGGGCUUGCUAACAUCGGGAGGACUCAGUCACUCAGUCACUCUGAGGUCCUUGACACUCCCAUCAACUCCCGGCUCUCAGAGUCGCAAGGCGCUGAUGGACAAGCUGGAGAGAGGGGGCUUGCUAACACCGGGAGGAGGCCGUGGUAAGCUGCAGCGAUCCAACAGCUUUCAGAGUGGUGGUGGUGGUGGAGGAGGUGGUGGAGGUGGUGGCAGUGUCAAAUCACUACUCCUGGACUGGUGCCGAGCACGGACACGUGGUUAUGAGGGUGUAGACAUUCAGAACUUCUCCACCAGCUGGGUUGAUGGUCUCGCCUUCUGCGCCCUGGUCCACAACUUCUACCCAGACGCCUUCGACUUCUCAGCACUAAGCCCGGCCACGCGGAGGCUGAACUUCAGCACGGCGUUCAGCACAGCAGAGAAGCUGGCGGACUGCGACCGUCUGAUCGAGGUGGAGGACAUGAUGGCGAUGAGCCAUCACCCAGACCCCAAGUGCAUCUUCACCUACGUACAGGCGCUGUACCAGCACCUGCCUCGCUAGAUACUCAGUCACUCAGUCAGUCAUUCAUACACUCAGUCACUCAGUCACUCAGUCACUCAGUCACUCAGUCAGUCACUCAGUCAGUCACUCAGUCAGUCACUCACU